AUGACUCCGUGCAGCCAUGAUGGCUCCCAGACAGAAAAGGCCGAUAGUAGCAUAAGCGCCGAACAAAAACCGGAACGAUUGCUUCCAGCGAUUCCGUUGCCUUCGCCGGAAUUGUGUUUCUUAAACACCAGGCCGUUAAGCUGCCUGUAUGGAGAUAGCCAUGAACGAACACACCGUAAACUCGUGAGACGCUCAUUACUGGCAUCCGGGCUUAUAGAAGCAGAAAGUGACGAGCAAGGUGCUUCUGCUGAGCCUUCUAAAAAUGAAGAUGGCGAAAAAUCAGAGGAAGAGCCGAAGUGGUCCCCGUCACAGGAUGAGAUUAAAAAGGAACUUCUCUUAUACGAGGAUCUUAUUUCAUAUAUCGGUCUCAAGAUAGCCAAUAAACGUAACGCAUUGGCAGCAGUAGGUAUAGAUCUAGGGAGCAGACAAAGAGGUUUCUCAUUGCUAGAAAGAGCUAGACGCUAUGGAGUCCCGUUCCUGCCCAUGCACUCACUUGUAAAACAUAUACAGGCACAAAGUAAGGCCUUAAAGGAUAAUGGCGAGGACGUUACAACAGUUGUUACGGGGAAACGACCAAUGGAAGUGACAGAUUUAUCAGAACGUUUAAACGAUUUGGAUUCUCUUCGUGAGGAUAUUUGCAAAUUAGUGCGUGAUACACUUCAGUCUCAUACUACUGAAGCCAAGGAGGAAGAUAAAAAGUUCACUCUCAGUGAUUUAGCUCGGCUGCCGGUGAUGGAUAAUCCGCCUCUAUCCUUGUUGGUGCCAUUAAGUAGAGCUUUACCGGAGGAUAGGCUUGUGGCCGACAUUUUGGGACCCCUCAGAAGGAAAUAUGAAGUCAAGUCCUCCAAGAAACGUAAAUCGACAUCAAGUAGUGCUGGAAAGGCACAAGAGGAUAGCGAUCUAGCAACUCCAAAACAUUCCUCCAGGCCAGGUCCUAGGGUAACGUUCAAUCUAGAAGAACCAGCAACAACAUCCCGAAGCAGACGUGCGGAAGAAACUGCCUUGAGUGACCAGACAGAUAUUAAGUCGGCAAAGGUAUCAUCGCCAUCUAAGACGGAUAACGACUCUGCCAGUACAGUAGCGGGCAAAAAGGCAUCAGACACAGAUAAAGAUAAAGAUGAGGUCUCUCCUGAAAAUGACAAGGAAAACGCAGACAAGGGUGAUGAAUUGAAAUCUGCAUCUUCAGGUCCUGAGCCAGCUCCUGCUAUACCAGAGGCUGAUAUGACGGUGGAACAGAUGGUUGAGAACCUUAUGAACGGAAAACUGUGUAACGGUGCUGAACCAAAGAGUGCACGUGACCUCGUUAUAUCUAUAAUAGUAGCUGGCCUCUAUGAAUUUCUAUCGGUGGAUUUUUUCAAAGAGUUCCUCCAGGACAGGAGACUUAUGCAGUGUUUCGACAAUAUCGAACAGGAUUCUACCGAUGAACAGUGA